CUAGCGCUCGGCCGAAACAAGCUUACAACCACACCGUUAGGAAAGCAGACACAAUUGCUUUCCACUGUUUUUUCUCUAUUUCUUCCCCAUUUUUCGAUUCUCUCUCUGUCUUCAAAGUUUCGGAUCUGUCUGAAGCUACUACUCUCUCUCCACAGAGUUAUCUUACAUAUCAUUGAAAACCAAACACUUGGGAAUGCGGAAAGAUGUGCUUGAUUGCUGAUAGUUGCUUCUCUGAAACCUUUGAGAUUUUCCCACCAUUUGGACUUCCAGUAUUCAUCCUUGAAAAUGUGGGUUACACGAGUGACAGCACAUUUAAGCUUUGUUCCGAGAUGCACAAUGAAGCCUCAGCUUACAGAUUUCCUCUCGGGUUGAGGAAUGACCUUGUUGAAGACGGUUGAGGUCUUCAAAUUUUAGGACUCCUGCUCCUGUAAAUAGUAUAUAUUAGCAGGAGAACAUAAUUUAUUGUUGUGUAUUAGGGUUUUUGAUUUGGAAUGGAGAAUAAGAAUAAAGUGUUGAUGCAAAAAUAUGAUAUUGGGAGACUAUUAGGGCAAGGAAACUUCGCAAAGGUUUAUCAUGGGAGGGACCUUAAAUCUGGUCAAAGUGUGGCUGUUAAGGUAAUUGACAAAGAGAAGGUUUUGAAGGUUGGGCUGAUUGAUCAGACCAAGCGAGAGAUAUCUGCAAUGGGACUGGUAAAACACGCAAAUAUAGUGCAGCUUUAUGAGGUCAUGGCCAGCAAAACCAAGAUCUACUUUAUCAUGGAAUAUGCCAAAGGUGGUGAGCUCUUUAACAAGAUAGCCAAAGGAAGGCUCAGGGAAGAUGUUGCAAGGAAGUACUUUCAAGAGUUGAUCAGUGCUGUUGAUUUUUGCCAUAGAAGAGGUGUUUAUCACCGGGAUUUGAAACCAGAAAACUUGCUUCUAGAUGAGUAUGGAAAUCUGAAGGUGACAGAUUUUGGUUUGAGCGCCCUUGCUGAAUCUAAGCGUCAGGAUGGAUUACUCUACACGACCUGUGGAACCCCAGCCUAUGUUGCUCCGGAAAUUAUCAAUGGAAAAGGCUAUGAUGGGGCCAAAGCUGACAUUUGGUCUUGUGGAGUGAUUUUAUUUGUUCUACUAGCUGGUUAUCUCCCAUUCCAUGAUUCAAAUCUUAUGGAGAUGUAUAGGAAGAUAAGCAAGGCAGAGUAUAAAUUCCCUAAUUGGUUUUCGCCAGAAGUGUGCAAACUGCUGUCCAAAAUCCUCGACCCGAAUGCAUAUACUAGGAUUUCCAUUUCCAAAAUUAUGGAAAAUCCUUGGUUCAGAAAAGGGAUCAACUCCAAAUCCAAAAGAAAUAAAGUAGAACACAGUGAAAUGGUUAAAGUGGAUACUGGUGCAGUUUGUACUCCUUGUGGGAUGAACAGUGCUGCUGCUGAGGCAAAGCAAGAGUUGGCCAAGCUCACUAAUUUGAAUGCAUUUGAUAUUAUAUCUCUUUCGUCGGGCUUUAACUUGUCUGGUUUGUUUGUGGAAAAUGACCGAAAGGAAGAAGUACAAUUUACAUCCACAAAGCCUGCCCAUGUUAUCAUAUCCAAACUGGAGGAAAUUUCCAAGCUUCUGAAGCUGCAAGUAAAGAAGAAAGAUGGAGGAUUGUUGAAACUGGAGAGAUCAAAUGAAGGAAGAAAAGUUGCAUUGUCCAUUGAUGUAGAAAUAUUUGAAUUUGCUCCAUCCUUUCACUUGGUGGAGAUGAAGACGUCUAGCAGCGGUACACUGGAAUUUCAGAGGCUACUGAAACGAGAUAUAAAACCAGCUCUGAACAACAUUGUUUGGGCUUGGCAAGGUGAACAGCAGCAGCAUCAAGAAGCAGCAUAAUUACAACGGUGGCUGCAGUCUUCCCAAGUAUGCUUACUCUGUAGAUUGUUUUAUAUUCUUAUACAAGUACUUUAUGACUCUGUAACUUCAUUUGUGUGCUUAUCCUUGUGAGAAUAAUAGUAUAAUCUUUCUGUGAGCUUUGUUGGGGCAUGUGUGCUUGAGGGCCAUGUAAGGUUCCUCAAAUCAAUGCCUCUUAUUUUGUAGGUUGCGUGACAAACUUCAUCUAUGUUUUAUAUAUUUAUUUUUCGCUUCCA